AGGUCUGUCUGUUGUCUAUUUAGUACCUACUCUCAUCCUUUGUUUACUGAAAAAUGGCUGACGAAAACGACUUAUCUGAUACGAUGGGUGCUCUGUCCGUCGACGAUAACCGCUGGAAAGAACUCGGAUUGUACGACAAUAUUCGGACACAGCUAAGAAAAAUUGAAAAUGACUAUGAGAGCAUAUUCUCGUGGAACAUCAAACAAUUAACAGGAGUCAAUCAAAAUCUUAUGACGAAUCUCGUUGAUAAUGUUCGAGGAGGGCUAGAAAUUAUCACAGUUAUGGACGGCAAGGAUGAUAAAUUCAAAUUAAUUAGAUUUUAUUCACAACUGGUAAUUUGUUAUGAACUUUACAAUAGCAAAAGUUAUAAGGAAUCAUAUUUGGAAAUUGAAAGCGUUGUUAAAUUUCUGGAGACUUGUAAAUUUGACGAGUCAAACGAACAGUACUCAGAUGCUUACCACCAUAUUGCUCGGGCCACUUAUGCGUAUAUUGCAUUAACACUGAAAAUUGAUUCAGAAAAGUUAUUGAAGGGUAUUAAACAAAUCAAAGAAUUUAAUGAAGCUGAGAAAGCUGCGAUUUGUGCGGUUAAAGCCAAAAUUUUUAUGGAGUAUCCGCAAAAAGGAAAUUAUAUUGCUUUGGAAUUUGCUGAUCAAGCCCGCGCCCUUCAUCCUACUGAACCCGAGUGUAUAAACAUUUGGUUAAAAGCCAAAGGACGAGUAAGACGUUAUUCCGAACCAUUUAAAAUUCCAGGGGAUGAUGAAAUAUGUGCUGCAAAAUUGUUAUGUUCAACAACAACUAAUCCUAAACAUUUAAUUCAAGUUUAUCAACUUUAUAAGGAAGUAGGAUUGGUUAAUAAAUUUAACAACAACGAUAAAGAAUCAACUAAAUUUUUUAAGCUUUCGUCCUAUACUGUUAAAAAAUCAAUUGAAUUGGCCAACAAUGAUAUAAACCAACUAAAUAUAAUUCUUCAGCAGAUAUGUGUAGACUGUCCUUAUUUUUUUCCAAAAUCCAUUUUAAGCAAUUUUAUUACAAAACUGUCCAGUAUUAAAAAUAGCCGUGUGGAUCAAAUUCUAGGCUUAUAUUAUUUAAAACAUGAAAAGGAUUAUGCUAAAGCAAGACUUCAUUUAUCUCUUGGAAUGGCAGCUGGUAAUUUUAAUAGUACAUUGCAGUUUAUAAAAGUCGAGUGCCUCCUACAACCAGUCAAUACAUUUCCUUAUGUGCAGACACUAAAUACGAUGUAUAAUGAUUUUCAAAAUCCAAAAAGAAGGCUUACUAUUUUAUUACAUAUAUUGAUGUAUUUCAAUUACUGUGAAAUAAAUCCAAAAGAAACGAUGCGCUACCUUAAAUUGUACAUUGAUCAAGACAUCGAAGAUACUGUUAAAAAAUCUCAUUUAAUUUUUGCUCGUCCAUUAUUUGAUGUAGGCAGAUUUUUAAAACCAAACGAAUUUCUGAAUGAACUAUCUGUAAAUCUUAAAAAAAUAAUGAACAAUAAUGACUUGAGUAAAGAAGAAAAAAACACAUUUAUUCGGUUCAAUAAAAUAUUACAAUUGGAUAUUCAAGACAAUAAUUUUUAUAAAACUGCUAUUCAUAAAUAAAAAUUAAUCUUGGAGAAAUUAGAGUUGAUAAUGUUGAUUUGUCAGAAAAUAAGUCUAACGAAAUCCAUCAACACCAAUCUGCUUUACAGAACAUUAAUCAAAACAAGUCUUUAGAAAAACAUGUUGCUCUAGACAUGGAAUCGUCAACAAAUCAACAUAAAUUCAUUAAUAAUAAUAUUAAUUUACAAUAAAUGGGUUUAAUAAAAGUCAUCAACGACAAUAAUUUGUUAUUCAAUAGGUACCUAUUAAACCUUGAAAUUAAAACUUGCAAGAAACUAAUAUACAUUUUAAAUCAUUAUUUAUCGUUCAAUCAAAAAUUGUUCAAUUACA